GCAGAUGAAGACUCCCCCUGACAGGUCGGGAAUCACCUUCGAGGUUGGAGCUCAGCUGGAAGCUCGGGAUCGUCACAAGAGCUGGUCUGCACCUCUCACACAAAUCACUGUAGUCGUCAAACAUUGGCAGCGCUGCAUCAGAAACCACCACGUGACGGAGUCAUCUCUCCACAUGGACUCAGGAGAACUUUGAACAAAACCUCCUCUCAGAUAGGCAGAGACAUAAAAUCUGUUGUUGAUUAUGUUGGUCUGAAUCUCCUGGAGACGGAAUAUUUGUUUUCCUCUCAGGUACGCAGCCACCAUUGAGAAGAUCGACUAUGACAAAGAGCGAGUCCUGGUCCACUACCGUCAGUGGAGCCGCCGACAUGACGAGUGGUUUCAUUGGACCUCGCCGUACCUCCGUCCUCUGGAGCGAGUCAGCCUGAGGAGGCAGUGCCGGAACCCGUCGCCAUCUCAGACGACGUUUGUUUCAGGCAUGAAGGUUCUGGCCUGUUGGACCGACUGUCGCUUCUACCCGGCUAAGAUCCUCCGAGUCAACAAGGAUGACUCCUACACCGUUCGGUUCUACGACGGCGUGGUCCGGACCGUCAAGCCCACCAAGGUCAAACCCUUCCAGGAAAAAUCGAAAUCUGAGAAGAAUGUGGGAAGUGAGGGAUGGGAGGAAGGAGAGAGCGAGGAAGAGGAGGUGGUCAGUGAGGGAGGAGAAGAGGAGGAGGAGGGGGAGAAGAAGAGAGAAGAGGAGGAGGAGGUGACGUCUGAGAAGGAAGAAGCUGAGGAAAGGGAGGAGGAGAGGAAGAGGAAGGCAGAGCCUUCAUCCUCCCAUCCACCAGCAAAGAAGAAAGCUGACAGCAGCAGAUUGCUUGGAGCUGAGAAACAACCAAUCACAGCUGACUCCGCCCUGCCAGCUGUUCCUAACCCCGCCCACAUCGACAAAGAUGUUCUGUUGGAGCGUCAGGCCCAUCUUCCCACCACGCACAAGUUCAGCCGAGAGCCGCUGUACCGGGUCAUAAAGAACCAGCCUCCUCCCAUCCUCUCUAUUGAACUGGACCACAAUCCAUUCAAGUGUCCGGCUCCCGACUGCUCCAAGUCCUUCAGGAAGGCCAGUCUGCUGCACUACCACAUCAAGUACUACCACUCGGACCAGCAGCCGGACGGGGGGGUGGAGCCGGCGCCGGCGAGGAGGAAGAGGUCUUCCUCUGAUGGGAGCGACUUCACAUCCAGCAGGAAACCUGAGGCCCAGAACGCCAGCUGUCGCCGUGACGACGGGGAGCAGAGCAUCGUGGGAGCAGAGGUGCAGAAGGAAGAAAGAAGGGAGAAACCAGGAGGACUGGACAGGAAGGAGAGGAAGCACUUCCUACAAGUAAAACUAAAGAAGAAAAAGAAGAAGAAGAAGAAGAAGAAGAAGAACGGAGGCGCCAGCAGCGACGAAGAAAAGUCAGACAGAGCGCCGAUUACGCUGAAACUGUCACACACACACGUCGACGACGGCAGCGAUUGGUCGACGCUGACAGCCGAGAGCGGGGAGGACACAACGUCAUGGCCCGUUGCUAUGGAGACGGAUGAGUGUGAGGUGGUGAGGUGUGUGUGUGAGGUGGAUGAAGAGAACGACUUUAUGAUACAGUGUGAGUCGUGUCUGUGCUGGCAGCACGGCACCUGUAUGGGGUUAUACGAGGACAACGUUCCACACAACUACAUCUGCUACUACUGCAGGCAGACCACAGGUUGGAGGCGAGCUCAGCGGUUCCUCUCCGAUCCCGAUCUGCUGAUCGUUGGUCCCAUGUUCGGCCUUUCGUGUGUGAAGGAGAACUACUCUGAAAUCAAUGCUUCCAAGAUUUCCCACACCAGCCACCUGCUGGGGCAGACCCACGGCCUCAAUCAGGUCCUCAGGGGGCUGCAGCUCAAAGUCAGCCUGUUGCACAGCUCUCCGUCCCACUGCGACCUCCAGCUGUGGAGGUUACCAUGGAGACAGGAUGAGGGGCUGAGGCUGACCUCCAGUCCCAGAGAAGAGGCUCGCGUCUGUUACGUCAGCAGCGAGCAUUGCUACCAGAAGCCUGAAGCAUCAUGGGAAACGGCUGAGGACAGGCCACCGUUGGUCAAACAGGAAGUGGACACAGAGGAGAAGGAACUAAGGCGUGAUGCGUCCGAGGCCACUUGCGACACUGAGGUUCUGGCGCUGUCAGACGCUCGCUGCGACCUGAACACAAAACCAGAGAACAUGGAGGAGCAGCACACGGGGUCUCUGGCCCAGUGUCAGCUCAACCUGCUGGAGCACGUGGAGUCCGUCCACCAUCAGAUCAGCGCCAGGAUGGACCUGAUAGAGCGCGAGCUGGACGUGUUGGAGUCUUGGUUGGACCACUCCGGUGAACUAGAGCCUCCGGACCCUUUGUCCCGCCUCUCGCAGCUCAAACAGCGAAUCAAAGGCCUGCUGGGAGACCUGUGUGUCGUGCGACGCCUGGCGAUCUGCCGCUGACUCCUGAAAUGAGAUCAAACACUGAGAACUCAUUGCUGUAGGAGGCGUCUCAGUCGGGACAGCGGCGCCACCGCCUCCUUUAGCCCAAUCCGAUCAUCCGUCCGCGGUGCGAUCGGCUCCUUCUGUCUGAGAGCGACUGGAGCUGCAGGAUGAUUCACGGCUCGGUGAACUGAACAUUGUCAUUCUCUUCCCCAUCGACUGGAGCAGGCUAAUGCACAUGAAGGAGUUUGAUACCCACGUCUGAAGAGGUGAUUUUACAGGUCGGGCUUCGCGGUUGCACUAACGUUGGGCCAAUUUCUAACCUCUAUAGCAACCAGGAAGAGUUUAUUCAGAGCAGAAAAUGUUUCCUCGCCUUUGUAGAAACCACCAGCAGGACGAACACGGAGCUUUUCUCUGUGCAGACGGGCUUGUCCCACCAGAACUUCUGGUUUUAAUCCUUUAGUGGAAAACGUGGGGGGGGGUAUCUCACACAGCAUCUCCGUUUGCUUAGGUGGGCUUUUAUUCACUCAUCAGGCUUCUUCCUUGGAAUAACGAAGGUCAAAUAUCCUAAAAACAUCACAAGUUUACUUCAGUAACGUGUGUGUGUGCGUGUGUGUGCGUGUGCGUGUGUCAGAUGAAGAUCACGUGUCCAACCAGCAUUUUCACGGACUUUAAACUAUUUUUCCACCAAAGAAGGAGCCUCGUGCGUGAAUAAAAGACUCGAGUCGGGACUCGGUCUGAAAACCGAAGCCAGGUCAGAAGCGUCGUAGACCUGCGAUGCGCCGGGUCGCCAGCAGGUGGAAACAGGGAAGGGUCUGAUGAUACACUUGAAUUUAUUAGUUUUGGCUGAAUGUUCUGAGUCGGAAAGAAAGCGCCUGAGACUCUUAGUGACUCUAACUGAAACACGAGUGUCGAAUGUUCCAGUUUGGCCUGAAUCCCGCUCAGAUGUCUGAUUUUCACAUUUCUGAUGCACGGCUGUUUGAACACGCAGCACCUAAAAGCUUCCAGUUUGGUUCAGGUUUGAUCUUUUAUAAUUCACUUCUUUAAAAACACGUUUUAAAGCCGGUCAGACUCUUUAUUAUUAUUAUUUUCCAGACAGAACUAACUCACUCCCGUUUAACGUCCACACAGGAGAGCUGUUGGAUGUUAGCAUCUGGUUCCGAGUCCAGUUCUGGUUCCUGCGACACGAGCAGCUGUAACGUGUACAUAUGUCCAUCUGAAUGUUUUAUGCUUGUAUGAGAAACUGUAAAAAGCUGUAGAUUUAUUUUGAUAGAGACGUCCUUUGGAGCUAUGAUGGACUGUUGCCAUGACAACGGGAGGCAGUGAAAUGUUUGACUUUUCCUCACGGUAGCUGGAAUGAAAGUUUGAAAAUGUUUAAUUUCCACGCUGGACCACGGUCCGAACCGCUGACCAGAACCGACACGAAUCCCGUUUCAUUUCCGCGUCGCGUUGAACCGCAGGAUGUUUUUCUGGAUAAUUCUAACUUUGAAUAAAACCAUCAGAUCUGA